GACGAGCUUCACCCACAAAGGCCUGUGAGGCAGCCAGGAGCCCGGACGCUGCCAACAGGCCCCGCAUGUGAGGGGCAGGAGAGUGAGCUCAGGCCCAGGCUCGGGUGAGGCAAAGAUGGCUGCUGAGCUGGGGAUGGUGUUAGACUUAGUUCUCCCCUUCCCAGUGCUGCUGCAGCCUCUGGUGAAGACGGAGGUGCAGGACUCAGCAGAACUCGAGCUCAGGGCAAGAACUGAAAGGGCAAGGAAAGCCCCUCGUACUGUCCCAGCUAGGACAGGCAGAGCAUCCCCGAGAUGGGCGGCACCACAUUGGAACAAGCAGGAGCUGCUGGAGGAGCCCAUCCAGCACUGGCAGGUCACAGUGCACAGGCAGCUCGAGGAGGUGGCCGUGGACAUGGAGGGACCUUGGGCAUUGAGGGAACCUCUCUGCUCCUUGCCGGAGCGGCUUCAGCCCCAUCGUGGGCACAUGCCCCUGGAGGAGGCAGGACAGUAUGAAACCCGGGGGCCUAAGAAGGAGCUGCCUUGUGUCCCUAAAGAGUAUUUCCUACCCCACAAGAAGCCAGAUUCCCCUAAAACAGAGGAGACCUUGGACUCAUUGGCAGAUGAAAGCUCUUUGGGCUGCUUCCCCAAACAAGGCCCUUCCCCGGGGGCAGCAGGUGCAGGGAGCCUGAGCAUAGCUGAAGAGCAGCAUCUUGAGGAAGGGCCUGUGAACCUGGAACUGCUGAGGCCACCCCCACGAAGAUCUGGGGAGAGGGGACUCCUGACACAUGUGCCAGGCCAAGUGCAUGAGAAGCAGGGCAGGUGCCCACAGGAGAAAAAGAAUGUGGCUACGAGCAAGCUCCUGGAGGCCUUUGAGGAUGUGGCUGUGUACUUCACACGAGAGGAGUGGGAGCUGCUGGAAGCUUCGGACAAGGGGCUUUACCAGGACCAGAUGCUGAGGAAUUACCAAGCACUUGUUUCCCUGGGAUAUCGAGGUCCCACACCAGACCUAAUCUGCCGCAUCCAGCAAGGAGAGAUGGAGCUCUGGAUCCGUGAUGAUGAAGAAGCUAGAGAAAGCUCGCUGUCUGAGGACUUGUCCCCAAGUCUCUUCUUCCCAGUGCUGCUGCAGCAUCCAGCGAUGAUGGAGGAGCAGGACCCAGCUGGGUCUAGGGUUGGGGCAGGAGCUGAGAGGGCAGGGAAAGCCCCUCGUGCUGUCCGGGCCAGGACAGGCAGAGCAUCCCUGAGAUGGGCAACACCACUACAGGUCAAGCAGGAGCUUCUGGAGGAGCCCAUAAAGCACUGGCAGGUUACGGUACGCAGGCAGGUCGAGGACAUGGCCGCGGACAUGCAGGGACCCGGGGCAUCAAGGGAACCUUUCUAUUCCUGGCUGGAGCGGCCUCAGCUCCAUCCUGGGAAUGUGCCCCUGGAGGAGGCAGGAUGGGGUGAAGCCCCAGAGCCCCAGGAGCUGCCUUGUGUCCUCAAAGAGGAGCCCCUGCCCUAUGAGGAGCCAGAUUCCCCCGACACAGAAGAGACCUGGGACUCAUCAGAAGAUGAAGGUUCCUUGGGCUGUUUCUCCAAACGAGGGCUUUCACUUGGGACAGCAGGUGCAGGGAGCCUGAGCACAGCUGAGGAGCAGCCUCCUGAAGAAGGACCUGUAAACCCAAAGCUGCUGAGUCCAUCCCCAGGAAGAUCAGGAGAGAGAGGACCUGGACCAGGCCAAGUGUAUGAGAAGCAGGGGAGGUGUCCACAGCAGAGGGAGAACAUGGCUGUGAACAAGCGAAUCCACACGAGGGAGAAGCCGUUCUCCUGCACCCACUGCGGGAAGGGCUUCAUUGAGAAGUCUAAUCUUACCAGGCACCAGCGCGUGCACACAGGGGAGAAGCCAUUCUGCUGCACACAGUGCGGGAAGAGGUUCAGCCACAGCUCCACACUCACCAACCACCUGCGCCUGCACACGGGGGAGAAGCCGUUCUACUGUGCCCACUGUGGGAAGGGCUUCACCGACAGGUCUAAUCUCAACAAUCACCGGCGUGUGCACACGGGGGAGAAGCCAUUCUCUUGCACCCAGUGUGAGAAGAGCUUCACCCACAGUUCUUCGCUCACCAAGCACCGACGCGUGCACACAGGGGAGAUGCCAUACCGCUGUACCCAAUGCCAGAAGUGUUUCCGGCAGAGAUCUUCCCUGAGCAGGCACCAGAAGACCCAUGGGAGUAGGAUCAUCGCACUGAAAAGGGGGCAGUUACCCUCACCCCCACUGCCCAGGGAGGAUGAGGGACUUUUCCCCUGACUAUAACACCGCAAACUCCUGCCUGCUUUCAUGUGGCGUGUCCUACAUGAGUAGCUUCUGGUGGCAGCUGGGACAGAAAAAAACAACAGGUUAGAGCUAAGUGAUGGAGCCAGGUAACAGAAAGGAUAAAAACGGGGGAAACACAACUGACAUUGCCCUGAAAAAAGACAUCCUUUCUUGAACCAACCAAUCCUAAGCUACUACCUGUGGUAGCAAGGGUGAUCCCUUCCUCUUCCUUCCUGUGGCAUCUGGGACAUCACCGUUGUCAUCAGUUUUUUAAUAUCCUUGACUAUCUUGUGUAGUUCUACAUCAACCAAGCAGGGCCCCUGCUCCUGUAAGAUAACCAGUUUGGAUAAGACAAUAAAGUAAAUAUUGAAGAA